GGAGGUCUGGUGGGGUUUGUGAUAGUUGAAGAUGACGUCACAGCCAUGUCCCCCGAACUGUCUGCCAUCUCCUGCCCUUUGAACUGUCACAAGGAUGUUCAGCUGGCGGUCGGUACCAACUUCCGGUACACCUUCCGGGAUCCAGACCCCAUCCUCAGCUACUCCAACCUGCAGAAAACUUUAGGGGAUCCGUCAAGAAAUCUGGAACAGCUUUCCUCUGGUACGGGAACCAUGGAGGACUGGCUGAUGGACCCUGCUAACGGCGUGGACCACAUCCUCACUAACGGACAGCUGUGGCCUACUGUGACAAUGACUGUAGGAGAGGUAAAACGGUUCCGCAUCCUGAACGCCGCAACAAUAGAGGUGCUGGAAAUCAAAUUUAAAGAGCUAGUAGGAUGUGAGAUGAUGGUGCUGGCUUGGGAUGGCAUAUACGUGGACGCCCCCUAUCGGACUCAUAUGGUAGUGCUGUCCGGUGGAGCGAGAGUUGAUGUCGCAGUGAGAUGUUGGUUUUCUGGAGACUUCACGAUGACGACAGUUAUGGCACCAGAGAAUGACCCUAUCCUGGCAUCCGAGUACUGGCAGAUGCGAUUCGACCAAGACCUGCUUACACUGCACGUGGAAGAAAAGGCUGCUGUGUUCGAACUGGAGCACUUCCCUACGUCACUUCCGGCACACCCCUGGUACUACCGUGACCUGCGCACGGUAGCGGACAGUGAGAUAGACGGGCGGUUCGUGCUGGAGUUCGGACCCGAACACGAGGUCAACAGGGAACACUUCAAGGACGCCGCGUACAACCGCUACAAGUACAGGGUCGGCACCAUUCAGGAAUGGUACGUCAUCAACACGGAACAACUCAAACCACAUCCGCUCCACAUCCACGUCAAUCACUUCCAGGUGAUUUCCUACAACGAGUACACCCAUCCUUGGGGCGCACUGCACCCUGUGAACAAGACAAAAUCUGCAUACUACGACCUGCAAGGAAAUCUGUGCGACCAGCAGUUUCUCCACUUCGCCCACAACUUGGACUGGCCGACUUCAAACCCGCCGAACUUCAAGUAUCACGGUCACCACAACAGGUCACGUGACGAUAUCCCAGGAUACAUUCCGCUCGGGGAAUGGCGGGAUACCAUCAACGUACCUCCUCUGGGCAGCAUGACUAUCCGAUUUGUCGCUGACAGGUGA